CUACCGUUGUUUAAUGCAUUAAAAAGCGAAGAGAAGUGUAAAAUUAUACAUAGUGCAGGUACUUGAAAAUUGCAACACUUAAGCGCAUAAAGAGUGUAGACCUAGCUACGCCGUCGCCAGUCCAAAUGAUUGGGCAUAUGGUCCUGCAAUCAUUGUGCUUUCUUGUCAGACAAUGCCAUUUGCACAUCAUAUCACUUCUACGACCAACCAUUUUUUUAAAUAUAAUUUCCAGAUUGCUUUACUCUCAGUCCAUUGCUUUGUUUCCUGCUGUUGUUGCAUGCUUAUCACUGUCUCAGAACGCAUGCAAUUUGCUGCGCGUGAAGGACCUCCAGCCCUCGUGAGCCUGGGCAGGCACUGCUUCCUUCCAGGUUGACAGCUGCCACCAACAGAGGUGGAUUAGGUUUGCUGCUUUGCAAUCAAUGUAGGAUUAUGUGCAGACUGAGUUGAACGUUGACUAGCUCGAAUAGAAAUGGCCGAAUUCGCGAAAAGCAUGUCAUACGCCUUAGUCCCAAGGGGGUGAAAAAACGUCAGAAAUAAUCUAUAAUUAGACGACCACGAGCCUGCCCCUUUAAAGCAAGACUUUCUGUGACAGCCCAGCUGAGUACCAGGCUGUAGUGAAAAUCAUGGGUGAAAUUCCAGCUCUAGUUAAAAUUUCGGUUUCCCUUAAAAUCCAACCCAAUGAUGGGCCGGUAUACUUCAAGGUGGAUGGACAGCGUUUUGGGCAGAACCGAACCAUAAAACUGCUGACGGGUGCUAAGUACAAAGUAGAAGUGGGCAUAAAACCUGGAGUCGUUCAAGCCAGCACAAUGUCCAUAGGAGGUAUUUCCAUCGCCUUGGAAGAAAAGUCUAGAGAUCCACAGGCUGUAUGCUACACUGGAAUGUAUGAUACAGAAGGAGUAGAAAAAACAAAGAGUGGUGAAAGGCAGCCUUUGCAAGUCAGCAUCCAGUUUACAGACAUUGGCACAUUCGAGACAGUAUGGCAAGUGAAGUUCUACAACUAUCAUAAGCGUGACCAUUGUCAGUGGGGCAACAGCUUUAACAACAUUGAGUAUGAGUGCAAACCGAAUGAGACACGCACUUUGAUGUGGAUUAACAAGGAAAUGUUUUACUGAGGGCACAAUGAUACAGCAGCACUGAUGGACAAUUUCCAGCACUGCUGGACAGUUUACAAGACAUAUCCAACCCACUGCAGUGCUGAGCCUCAUUACACAUCUGUAUCCACCAGAAAUAAACCUAUCACAUAUAUAUACACUUGGUUGUCCAUGUGUUACAUUUAAUUGUAAAUUGAUGUUCAGUUGUAUUUCUCAUGUGUUAAUUUGUGUAGAAAAUGUCAUCAUAAGCAGGGUUCUCCUGACAGGAAUUCAGCAUAUCUGUGGCUCCAAUAUACAGUAAUAUGGUCCAGAUACAAAUGUAUUAAUGAACUGUAAUAUCAAGUCACAUUUAAAUGGAUUACAUGUGAUCCUGUGUGCAGGUCAGGAUUCCAAAUGAUGAGGUUAUCAAAUAAAUAAAAUGGCAGUCAAGUGUAACACAAUUUGCAAAAUAAUUCACAGAAUUACAAAAAUUAAUUUUAAUUUGUUAUCUUAUUUUAAUGUGAGAAGUUUAUUGUUUACUGUGGUUUAUAACUGUGGCAUCUGUGCUUGGUAAAGUAUACUGAUGAUAGUUUCUAAUGGAGUUUGAAACAUUUUUACACUCGUUAUAGUGACUUUGCAGUUUGUCAAAAACCCUGCAGUGGUUCCAUAACAAUGUAAGUGGCUACUUGUACAGAUAUCAACUUCGGUGUAACCUAGUGAGAUUUUUGAAAACUAGAGAAAAGGUAAACUAAGGAUAAAUUCCACUGAAAAGGUGACUGUACAGUAUAAAAGUCAGUGAAUGGGCACUAUUUAAAAGCAAAAGUGUUUCCAUCUCAAGUUCAGCAGGUUGAUUUUUAAAUUUCCUGAAUCUCUUUCCCUGGGUUUAUUGUGCUGACAUGAAAACUUCACAGUAAAAUUGCAGCACAGCAUUCCUUCUAUUAUUAGGAAUUGCAUUCUGAUGGUAGAUAGGAAAGACUACUGAAACAGUCUUUGUAGAAAUGUGAUUUUGUUUUAAUUUUCUGAGCCUCUUGAUUUAGUAGGAUAAGUUUUGUUCAUUGCAGAACAAUAAACUGGUUCUCAAGAAUGAUGGUCUCUGUAAGUGGAUUCCAAACCUUCUUGCAGCUUAUCUCAGUUAGAAUUUACAAAAUCAUACCUGUGGAUUUUAUUUGGAAUCACUUGGGUUUGCCUCCCAGCAGACUAACAGUCACUAACAUACCCUGAAGGACUCUUGCUUUCAUGGUAUUUUAUUCUAUAAAAACAUAUCCAUAUAUUACAUUCUGUUUGCCUACCUCUAAUAAAAAGAGCAAAAAACAUCAAAAUGAUGUUUACAGUAGUUAGGACUGUAAUGUGUACAAUACUAUUUCACUAAGUAGGAAAUGUUUUGUUAAAAUAUUACUUGCUAUCUUGAUGUGUGUCAUACUUUUCUAGAUAGUUUCUUUUCAAAAGAUAAAAAAAUGCUGAAGUACUCAAAGUAGUUUUAUUUGGAGAACAGUCUGACAUUGUCAUGUACUAAAUAGUUAAUAUAGCCAAGGAUUUCAAUGUCCAGUGGGCAGGAAUAUCUAUAUAUCAGAUUCCCUGAAAUGCUCAAUCAUACACUGUUUUCUAAAAGGGAAAUGUUUCUGUAAAAAAUUAUUUUAUUUGUAUUACUUUUUUGGGUCACUUGGUCUUACUGAUUAUUGUCACAGUCACAAACCCUGAGCUACUUGAUGUAGCACCCCACUUUGACCGGAGGAGAUGCUGUCCUUAUCUGGGGCAAAUUUAUUAUCAAAAGCAGCUUAUUCCCAGGUUAUCUACUGGGUGGAGAGAGAGUUGAUAGCUAUUUGUAAGGCAAGAUGUUUUUUCUAUGCACACAAUGACUCCAUUCCUAAUGAGUUUGGCUGCAAAAAUGUAGAGCACACAGUGGUAGUCUUUAUGUGAGUCAUGUCUGCAUGUUUCCCCUGCAUGCUUCUUUUGCCAGUCACUGAAACUUGCAGCCCUCGGACUCUAUGCAGUAUAGCUGCAUGUUCCCUGACUUCCAUCAUUAGACAUUGCUGUGGUCAUUCACGUGAUUUUUUGGGUGAAUGAGUGAGCUGGCAUUGAUAUUUUACCCCUAUGACUCCAAGUGCUAGUUAUUCAGACCCUUGUUGCAGUGCCAUAAUCAGGAUUCCAUUCCUGUCAGCAGCACAGCCAUUUUUUGUGAACAUUCCAGAUGAUUAACAUGCCUCUUCAAAAAGCCUUUAGCAUUGCAUUUAUUUCUUCAAUAUUUUGAGGUACUGUCAGAUGAGAACUAUAGACACAAAACUGGGUAUUUCGUUUAUUCUGCUUUUUCGUUAACUAGCUUGCUAAAACAUCAGUGCUUCAUCACUGUCUGGAAUCUGGUGAUGGCACAAAGCAUUAUAUACUCCCAGUUGUCAUUCUGAGCUAAAGGCGCUGAAUACCACAGCAUAUGACAGAUUAGAGAGUGACAGCUGAGGUCCAGGUGCCUUACAGUAAAUUAGGUUCAUAUGGGGAUAUCACAAAAACUAACACAGACCCUAAUUAAUUGUAAUAUAAGACAUUGCCUGUACAGUUACUGAGCCAUUUCAUAAGAGCUCCAAACUAAACUAUAAUGCGUUGAAGACUUGUGGCUUUCCUGAGGUGACCCUCCUGGUCUGGUAUGUAUAGCAGUCCUCAUUCCAGGGAUGAAACAAUUGCAUGAGCUUCACCCACCCUAGUUGGCUAUUGUCACAAGUCUGUUUCCAAACCUGAAUUGCUGGUGCCAUAAGGAAGUAUGCAACAUUUAUCAAAGCUUUGAUAUCUGGCCACAUUAAUUAUUUGCCUUAAUAACAGCUCUGGAAGGUUACCUUCUAGCUUCCAAUCAUUACAUCUUGAGCCUUUUAACAAAUUCAAAUGACAAGCUUACAGCACAAACAACAGUUAAUAUCUUCGAAAGCUUUACUGUUACUCUAGACAUAUACAAACAAAUUGUUCAGCACAAACUCAUCUUUACAACAGUAUUCUUCAAGAAAUUGAGUUUUAAACUGAUUUUUAAGUAACAAUAAGCAAGUUAUAAAUUUAUGUGAUGUUAUGUGAACAAGUUAUAGCAUAUCAAUAAAUGGUCAAGCUACA